AUGUCCUUUGCGAUACUUUGGAACAAUACAGUGUGCUUCAGUAAACUCUCGGUGUUACUGAUGUACACUGCGAUCAUGCCGACUCAAUCGAUGAUAAGAUCUGCUUGGACUGUCGGCGGUCUUAUAGUAUGCUGGAAUUUAGGCGAUAUCCUCGCCGGGUUUUUGAUCUGCCGGCCACUGGCGCGGAACUGGGAUUUCACGCUUGAGGGAACUUGCGGCAGUCAGCCCAGCUUUUACCUCGCCAUGGGUAUCAUUAAUCUGGUAACUGACGCUGUCAUGAUUGCAUUGCCUAUACCUCAUCUUCUCCGCCUCAAAAUGGCUACAAGGAAGAAGAUAUUGGCCAUCGCAUUGUUCAGCGUUGGCAUCGGGACGUGGCUGAUCACAGUCUAUCGACAAACCUUGCUUCCCGGUUUGGACUUCACAGAUGUGACUUACACUGGCGUGCUCGCUACAAUCCUUUCUGGUCUCGAACCUUCUGUGGCCAUCGCCCUAGCCUGUAUCCCUCUCAUGAGACCUCUAUUCAGAAAAGCCAAAUCAGGAGGAUGUCGCUCCACUUAUGGCUACAAUAGUGACAAGUCCAGCGGCGUAUUUUCGGCAAAGAAAGGUAGAGGCGCUGGCAGAUACCAGGGCUCCUUCAUUGAGACGGUAGAUGACAACGACGACUCUUCUGAGAUACAUCUGCAGCCACUGAAACACGCAUAUAGUGUCGAUAUCUCAACUAAUCCAAGCUGCUCUGGUUUCAUGACGGAUGUACCUGGGCAAGCUACUACAGUCUAA